AUCAUAACUAUAUAUAGGGUCACCGUCGUUAUGUGGAAGUUGAAGAUAGGAAAGGGAAAUGGUGAAGAUCCGCAUUUAUUCAGUAGCAAUAACUUCGUCGGACGUCAAACAUGGGAGUUUGAUCACCAAGCCGGCUCACCAGAGGAAAGAGCUUCCGUCGAAGAAGCUCGCCGAAGUUUCUUGAUCAACCGUUCUCGUGUUAAAGGUUGCAGUGAUCUCUUAUGGCGAAUGCAAUUUCUAAGAGAGAAGAAAUUCGAACAAGGCAUACCGCAACCUACUAAAAUAAAGGAGGAAAUAACGUAUGAAACAACGACAAAUGCAUUACGAAGAGGCGUUCGUUACUUCUCAGCUUUGCAAGCCUCCGACGGCCAUUGGCCUGGAGAAAUCACUGGUCCGCUUUUCUUCCUUCCUCCUCUCAUAUUUUGUUUGUACAUUACCGGACAUCUGGAGGAAGUAUUCGAUGCUGAACAUCGCAAAGAGAUGCUACGGCAUAUCUAUUGUCAUCAGAACGAAGAUGGUGGAUGGGGAUCACAUAUCGAAAGCAAGAGUGUUAUGUUCUGCACCGUGUUGAAUUACAUAUGUUUUCGUAUGCUUGGAGAAAAUCCUGAACAAGACGCGUGCAAACGAGCUAGACAAUGGAUUCUUGACCGUGGUGGUGUGAUUUUUAUUCCUUCUUGGGGGAAAUUUUGGCUCUCGAUACUCGGAGUUUAUGAAUGGUCUGGAACUAAUCCGACGCCA